AUGAAUUAUUAAGACCCUACAAUUUUGGCAUUAAAGUAAUAGAAUGUAGAGUAAUAGAGAUAAAUAGAAUAAAUGAUGGGAAGGGUCAAUAUGCUCAUUAAAUAAUAAUAACUAUUGAAACCUCCAAAUAAAAAAUUAGAGAUUGUGUAUAAGAAGAAAAAACUACAUGAUGAUAUAGUAGAUGAAGUAAUUUAAAUAUCAACAAUUAUUAAAGCUAAAAUCAGCAAAGGAGUCUCUUUAUGAUCCUUAAAGUGAAUAAAGAAAAAAAGAGGAUAAUUUAAUAAAGAGAUAUUAACUCAAUAAGGCUAUUAAAACAGCCAAAGCUCAAGUUGAUAAGGAACGAGAGGAACAAGCAAAAUAUAUGAAGAAAAUUAGUAGUCUUCAUUAAAAAUCAAUUGAAGAAUAGAAGCAAUAAAUGUAUUAAGAAAGAAGAACAAACAGAAAUAAAGUCUAAUUAGAUGAAUUUUAAUCUAAAUAUAAUUAUUAAGUGUAUUGGGAUGAGAGAGUUAAGAAAUUUGAAGAGGAAUAAAAAAAAGUUAAACAUCAAUUAUCUAAAUCUAUGAUGGAUUAAGAAAAUUUAAUGAAUUAUUUAGAGUAGUAAGAAACACUAUUAUUGAGUAAAAUGCAAUAAAGCAAAUCUUCUCAAUAAUUUAUAUAAUAAAAAUUAGAAGAUGCAUAGAAAUUAAAAUCCAAAGAAUUUGAAUAAAAAUACGGAAAGCCUAAAGAAUCAAAGUACUAAUAAAUACUAGAUAUUAAGGCAAAAUAAUGA